GAGGAUGGGCUUACUCUCCAUUUUGCGCAAACUGAAAAGUGCGCCGGACCAGGAGGUGCGGAUCCUUCUCCUCGGUUUGGAUAAUGCUGGCAAGACCACUCUGCUGAAGCAGCUCGCCUCUGAAGACAUCAGCCACAUCACGCCUACACAGGGCUUUAACAUCAAAAGUGUACAGUCACAGGGUUUUAAACUGAAUGUAUGGGACAUUGGUGGACAGAGGAAAAUCAGACCAUACUGGAGGAAUUAUUUUGAAAAUACUGAUAUUCUUAUAUAUGUAAUUGACAGUGCAGACAGAAAAAGAUUUGAAGAGACGGGCCAGGAACUGGCUGAGUUGCUGGAGGAAGAGAAGCUCAGCUGUGUGCCGGUGCUGAUCUUUGCUAACAAGCAGGACCUGCUCACGGCGGCCCCCGCCUCUGAAAUCGCAGAGGGGCUGAACCUGCACACCAUCCGCGACCGAGUCUGGCAGAUCCAGUCCUGCUCCGCGCUCACCGGCGAGGGCGUUCAGGAUGGCAUGAACUGGGUCUGCAAAAAUGUCAAUGCAAAGAAGAAAUGAAGUGUAGACAAAUGGAGAUGCAGGAGCUGCGGGAGCUGAAUUCAGUGCUGGAAAACACUGAUUUGCUGCUUUCUGACCAAAUGUUUUUCCAUCUGUACAGCUACAGCUGUUUGAAGAGACGGAGCAACACAGUUUAGAAAGAAUCCCCAUUCCAGCAGUAGAUUUAACUGAUCUCUGAGGUUCAGUAUCAUUUUUCAAAUAAAGGAAUUAUAUUAUUUCCUCUGCAUAA